GGCGAGAACACCGCUGAGGCUACCCCUCAAGGAGAGAUAGAGCGGGAAAGUCGGCAUUCCUGCAGCUCCACCGGCGGGGCUCAGCGAUAACCCCGCCAUCUCGCCUGUCAGAACAAAACCCAGGCUUGGGAACGAUUACGCCGGUUAACCUUUGUUCACUGCUGUACACGAAGCUUCAAUCAAAAUGCGUGAGAGAAUCCAACAGCUCGGUAUCGAAGGUCGCCAUGGUCACGAUGCCAUCUUCGAGGCCUCCUAUCUGGAUGACAUCCCGGCCGCCCUGACCGAGUGGAAGGCGUCACGCAUCCUUCUCGUCGUCAGCACCAGUCUCGACACAAAGUCCUCGGUCAUUCGUGAUCUCGAGAAGGACCUAUCAAACUACCAGGUCUACAAAAAAGUCGGAGUGGGCAAUCACUCGCCCUACAGUGACAUCAUCGACAUCGCACACAGAGUCCAGGAUCAUGACAUCCAAGCCGUUGUCUCUAUCGGUUCGGGCUCCUACUCGGAUGCGUGCAAAAUCGCAGUGAUGCUGAGUGCUACACUCCCCUCGAAAUUCAAGGAGGACGAGAUGGAAGCCUUGGUGGACCAGAAGCGAGGCCUAGCCGGACCGGACACCGUCAAGGCUCCUGCAACCAAGCUGAUCUGUGUGCCCACAAGCCUUAGUGCGGGCGAGUGGAACUCCUACGCGAGCGGGACCAAUGCCACAGGGAAGAAACAACAUUUUAUGCAUCCAGAGGGGGCCCCGUCCUUGAUCCUGAUGGAUCCCACGGUCGCACGAACCACUCCGUCGCACCUGUGGCUGGCGUCGGGCAUGCGCGCCGUCGACCACUUUGUGGAGAGUCUGUGCCGCGCCGAAUGCCACGGGGAGGCUGCAACUCAUAUCAAGAAGGGGUUGCCGCUGUUGGUGCGGGGCCUAAAGGAGUACCACGAGGGACAAGAGGGUGGCAACGAGGACGAGCUGCUAAAAGGCAUUGCAGAGAGUCAGCGCGGGUCUAGAGAUGCUUUAAUCCCCUUCAUUAAGUGGAAAAUACCCAUGGGGGCAAGCCACGCUAUUGGCCAUCAGCUGGGCAGUGUGGCAGGCGUCCAGCAUGGUGUGACGAGCUGCAUUCUACUCCCCCCGACGCUCCGAUUCACGCUCAAUGAGACCAAGGCGGCACAGGAGGCGAUCCUCCAGAUAUUCAAUGAAGUGCUUGAGUGGCAUGAGACCGAGGCUGCUGAUGCGGUUCAUCGGUUUGUCAAGCUGCUGGGACUGCCAUCGCGGCUCUCGGAAGUCGGCGUCACGCAGGAGGAGCAGUUGCACAAGAUCGCUGAGCUGACGCUGACUGACGCAUUGGCGCACAACAAGACGCUACCAGAUAAGGAGGGGAUCCUUCAGAUCCUUAACAUGGCCAAAUGAGAGAGAGAGUUGCUAUGCGGGUGUGGUAGAGGAAGCGAUGCGGCGAGUGGUUGCGAAUCCGGUGUUGACGCGUUUCCGUUCCGGAUUGGGUUAGAUCAGCAGCCACUCCAGUCAUGACGUCAUGAGCUUGGCCACGAUCAUCUCUUAAGGCGCAUAGGCACAUUCACGUAUAUAAAUCUCCGGAGAAUUGACAUGCGCGUGGUAGAUUCAAUCUCCUUGCAAUAUCACG